AUGCCUUAUUGUCCGCUAAACGUUUCGGAACUCCCACUCAAAACUUUAGAGCCAUCGCCUCGUGUUGUUGACGUCGAGAAGUAUAUGGAAAAUCGACCAGACGUAUAUUUAGCUCGAAAGACUAUGGCGCCACUCGAUGCGGUGGUUACUUUUCUUUGGUUAAAAGACCCUCGAUAUUUGCAACAAUUCCUCAAUCGCCGAUGCCCAUCGUUCAUAUGCCAAAUUAAGAGGAAAGAUCCCGAUGACGGGAGACCCGCGUGGGAAAUAACGAUCAUGCGAAAAAAGAUGUCGGAGUCCUUGCACACAAUAGAGUUAAAACUCUUCAUAUCCGCCAGGGCCGAGAAUGAAAAGUCGAUAAACAUCAAGCUAUACUACAUCACAGACGGACACAUCCUACGAUUCGAAUAUCACGAUCAGAACUCAUCCGAUAUAUGGAAAGCUCCCGUCAUGUAUGCUACUAAGAAGACCUCCGCAGCUACUCUAGCAAACCUGAGCCAAUUGGAAAAAGCGCUGUCAAUUUUCUCGAUGUUUCUUAUAGAAAUAGAGUGUAACGCGUUAGUCGGCCCCAAAAUAGGUCCAGAAGAUAAAGUCACGAAGUACUAUUUUGUUUUCGAUGGGAAGUGGAAGAAACCCGAGGACUUGAUCAUUUGUCCACGAUUACGUAGUAGAUACCUUCCCCUGAUAGAGUAUUAUGAAUUGGAAUACAAGAGAAGUAUAGAGAUGACGAAGAAAUGUCUUAGAAUCUUCGAUAUACGAAUGCUACCUCUAUGGCGUCGUUGUAUUUGUCAAGCGCCGGCUACUAAAGUUGCCAUAGAUUUGAUGGAGACCGACAAUACGAAACUGAAGAUGAAAAACUUCCGCGAGGGUCAGAGUAUUUGGAGGUUAUUGCCGGGACAAGAUUUGGGGGAUUUGUCGUUGUGA